UUUCAAUAGACAUAUCAUGCACAGGAAGGGUCAGCUCGCCAUCGGGGGGCGUAUCCGAUCCAGAUAUUGUUCUGUGCAAGUUGAAGGACUUGGCUAUAGUCCAGUUUGUCAGCAAUGGCCCGACCUUUAAGAGUUAAUCUCAGAGACGUAUUAGACAUAAUCGCGCUCUCCUUUCUUUCUUUUCUUUCCUUUUCCCCAUAUUUUCUCUCUCUUCGUUUUUAUCAUCCAAUCCCAUUCUUUCCUCUCAUUGCCCCUUAUUCUUUCUCUGCUUUUCCUCUUUCAAUCCAUUCUCGCUGCUGCCGUUUCGUUUUCUUUUCAUUUUACACAACACACAGCUAUAGCAAAAAGCACACAGUAUACAUUGCUAUCUUUCAUCAAUACUCCCUAUCCAUUUCAUCUCAACGUUAGACAAUCAUGGUCAACUUUGACAGCUAUUCACAUCAUCGCAAUGUCGAGACCCUUUCUCGAUAUGAUCCAUGGAUGCAUAAACAUUCCGGCACAGCAAACGAAUCACACUUUUCUGAUCAACAUUUUCUAGAGUCACAAUUAGAAUCCCCCUUGUCCUCGCCCCUGUCAUCCUCAACAGCCUCUCUAUCCUUGGAACAAAAUAUGAAGUUGCGACUGCUGGAGCAUCCGAUCGUAUCCGCAGAGCUACGACUGAUUACUCAAAAGCGGAUGAAGCCACAAUUUGACUCAUCCUCACUUUCUCCAACGAGUAACAACAGUAUAACAGCUCCACGUCUAUUCAUCAUUUUGCCAAAUAUUACAACCACAACUACAAUCACAACAGCAACCACAACGGCGUAUGUGGAGCAUCAAUCGCAUCCCAAUGAAUCUCAAGACAGGCAACCAAAACAACGACAAUCCUUGUACGACCAUGAGCAUGAUAACAUUUCUCACAAUGAUUUUCGAUUGCAUUUUUUGUGCAACUUUAAUGACCAUGGACACCAACAACAACAACAACAACAGCAGCAGCAGCAGCAGCAGCAACAACAGCAACAGCACCAGCAGGGGACUUGCUACAGCCCAGCAAUGAAAUUCUACCCGAGCAUGGUGGUAGAUUCUUUUGUCGCGUCACAUAAUCUGGGGCCUGAAUUAGUAGACAUGGGCGCCAAAGAGGGGCGGAUCUCAGCCACAAUACCACCUCAACUACAUAUUUGCGAGUUAGACCAAGGGUAUGUUCUUAAAGAUGUGGAGAGCUUUUGUCAGGAACACAAAAUAGGCCUGCUAAGUCUUCUACGGACCCUCCAGUCGUCCAUGCGUCUGUUACUGGAGCAAUGGGAGGAGGACGAACAACAUAUGCAAAAUAAAUUGGGCCAUAAGAGCAGCAGGUGUCAGCACAUGCAGGAAGAGAUCGAGCAGGUGGAUAUUACGCAAGCCUAUACCUCUACUGCGCCUUCACAUUUGCGCUCCCCUUCUUCUUCUUUUCCGGCUCUUCAGAAUAGGAUCGACACAGCCGUUCGAUAUGUUCUAAAGUUCUUUAACCUUGCAGAGCUAGAGCACAUUCUACAGCCCCCUUACGAUAUGGACAUAGCGGCUUAUGAUGAUAGACUCUCACCUGAUUUGAAGAUUGACGAUUUCGAUGAUGAGGAGAUCUCUCGGGUCAGGAAAACCAUGACGAGCGAUGGAAUGAUUCAAGGCCCUCUCAUCCAGCCUAACAUCGCAAAAUCAACAAUAUCAAUGACGGAUCCUAGUUUUACAUCAACACAAGCGACCAUAGCCACGACCGCUACGACGCAGUGGCUCUGUCAGCGUCAUGCAAAAGCUCGUUCUCAAGAACAGGCUCGGGAACGAAUAAGGGCCGUGGUCGCUAAGUAUAGAGGAGUAUUCAUGGAGAAGGAGAAGAUGGUUGAUAUUUCCUUUAGAAGCCGUGAGCAUGCAGAAGAGCUUUAUAGAACCCUUCAAGAGCUGAGAUUUAUAGACAGACUCAAGGUGAGGCUUGAGUGGCAGGGUCUAAGUGACGACGAUCUCUGGGCCUUGGGUGAUGUUGUCGAAGAAACUUGUCUCCAGGAGCUGUCGCUGGAAUGCAGUAGUGACAAAACUAUUGACGGAUGUGAGAUACAGCCAUCGCAGACAACCUUCAAACCUAUCCUUGGCAUGAUCUUCAUUCCAGCCUUAAUAUCCCUUACUCUCGACAACUUCCCCGCCCCAUUCCCAACCCUUGCUGCAUCUAAUUUCGCCGCAUCAGUGAGCGAGUUUUCUUUGCGGGCAUUUCAACAUACCUCGGAUCUCAUACUGCCGAAUUUGAGCAAUAUUCGUCGCCUGGCUUUUAACAGCUGUGGACAAGGCACCAAAGCACAUGAGCUGACUGAAUUAUUUCGCCAUUGCCCAGAUCUGGCUGAAGUUCAGCUAGAUUGUGAUAAUAUCGAGGGCGCCCUACUGAAGAUCUGUGAGGCUACGAACCAGCUGGACAAGAUCACGUCGGUCAGGCUCUCCGAGUCAUCUUGGGAACAGGCAGAGAUGUUGUUUGGCAAAACUGGAGAGAACACCAUCACAACACAAGUUGAGGGUGCUAAAGAAUCAAUGCAGGAACAACCGAAAUCAAUCCUCAAGAGCGUUCGUCGUAAGACAAGGCAGUCUCCCGAUCCCAACCUUCAGUACUCUGGUGUCCUCGAGAGACUGACAUUAUGUUGUAACUUGGAUUUGUCGGAGAAGCACCAGGAAACCUUGGCGACAUUAAUUGCACAGAACCCAAAAUUAGAUACACUGGAACUUAUGUGUGAGACUCGAUCCAUGGAUCAACUGUGGCGAUUCGUGAUGAGCCACUACCAGCACCACCAGCAAAUUCAGCAGCAGCGAGAAUUUUCUUUAUUGGAUAUUGAGCAAGCCGAAUCAAGCGUAGCAUCAACAACAGCAGCAGUAGCAACCAAUAGGACAUCUUUCAUUGCUCCUCGUAGUCCUUCCUGCUCAAGCUUCUUGCGUCUUCAUCUGUUCGACGAGUCCUGCAGUCUCAUGGUGUUUACUCCUGGAUUUAACCUUGUUGUCUUGCAUGCCUACUCGGACAAACUUCGUCACCUACUUUAUGCGUUGGAAGACAUUUCGGUCGCACUCGUUAUCGGGUCAAGGCUCGAUGACUGGGAGCAACUAGCGCUGCUUCGUUCACAUAUAGAGGAGGAUGGCGUCUUCAAGUUCAAAUACCUAUCGUGGGUUCUUACACCCAAGGCACAGAACGAUCCUUGCUAUAUGCGAGAGCUCCGGGCACUUCUCAGUUCAAGGCCCGAAAUUGACCACUUCUCAAUCCGGGUCUAUGCGUCUCUGUUUGAUAUCCGAAGCUUGAUUCAAGCCUGGAAUUGGAUUGUGGAAGCGGCUUGGUUGAGCGAAGAGCACGGACGAUGGAUCCAGUCGUGUAUAGAACAUGAAGAGGAGGAAGAAGGUCGAUCUAUGGGGUCUGCUGCUAUCUCGCCUACAGUUGCCAGGAAUGGUGAUGAAACACUGAUGAGAAAGGGAGGAGCGAAGAAGACCUUUCACUUACCCGGACAUGGUAUGAUGCAGAGCUAUGCGCUCUCCUUGGAUGAAGAGAACGAACUGAUUCUCGCCUCAUCCCAUUUCUAUUUUCCGUCUGCCAUGUCCUCCGCAGUCGCAGGUGCUCAUUCUGCAGUGACUUAUUCGCUCACCUUGUCAAAAACACCAUGGGCCUUCUAGACCAUCUGUUCAAACAUCAUAAUAAUAUAAAAAUAAAACUGUAAUAUUGGAUGUCCUCA